UCAAACAGCUUCCUGGAUCGUCUACUCAGCCUGGAUUGAAGACAAACACCUGUGCUUUCUUACUUAUCCCACUUACUACCUGAUACGCCUACUGCAAGCAACACCAGACAUCACUUCUGUAGGGAUAACCAGCACGCAUCAGCGGAACAUAAAGAAGAGUGAUGAUGGAGCAAGCUACUGCACAAAAUGGAUCGUGUGAGCCUUACUGAGAAGUUUAUCACUGGUGGUGUAAAUCACAGAGGCAUCCGGACAGAUAUAAAUUCCAGGGCAUCUGUGAGCUGGGGGGAAAGGAAGCUUGUGCAAAAACAGCGGUGAGGAAAGAGAGUCGACUUGCGGGCGGAAAACAGGCCAGCAGCAGCAGCUCCUCGGUGCCCAUUAAAUCAUGACCGAAGUAUCAAUGUGGCAAGACUGUGAGAUCAGACGUGAGGAUUCCAUUAUGGGCUCUGGCCACAAGGACGACAAGGGCAGCUUUGGACCUGACCCGCUAUCUCCCACCUCUUCCAUUGGCUCCCACAAGUGCCCGUCUCCCUCGCCGCACAGCUCCAAGGAAAUCUGGAAGAAAGGAGGGCGUGUCUUCUCCAUUCUACUGGCCAUCAAUUUGGUGCUUCUGGCCUGCACACUGGUCAGCGGUGGGGCUUUCCAAGAUGUAAAGCUGCAUGACUAUGAUGUCUUUUUCAUGCUCAUCAUUGUGAUGCUGAUCAACAUUGCCUGGAUGCUCUUCUACAUCUUCAGAACCUCCAGGCUGCCGGGUGCCAUUCCUUGCAAGGACAACCAUGCAGGGCCCAUCUGGCUGAGAGGAGGCUUGGUCUUGUUUGCAGUCCUCUCGCUGGUAAUGGAUGCUUUUAAGACCGGAUAUUAUUCCAGCUACUAUAAGUGCCUGUCACCCAUCAGAAUAAUGUUUCCAGUGGUACAGGGUGUGUUUGUGAUCACUCAGACUGUCUUCCUCUGGAUGUCUGCCCAAGACUGCAUCCACAAGCACCUGAAUCUUACCAGAUGUGGCUUGAUGCUCACGUUGACCACCAACCUAGCAGUAUGGAUGGCAGCUGUAACAGAUGAGUCAGUGCAUAAGGCUGAAUCAAAGAACGCAGUUGCAAAUGUUACACACAGAAUGGCUCUGUUAAUGAUGAGGGCGGCUUCGCCAUCAGAAAGCUGUGCCUGUAAAAGCCAACUCUGCAAGAUCUUCCAGAAUGGCUAUUACUGGUUGUACCCCUUCAAUAUUGAGUACAGCCUCUUUGCUUCCGCCAUGGUCUACGUCAUGUGGAAGAACGUUGGCCGCCUCAUUGAUCCCCAUGACAACCAUAUCCACCAGCUGAAGUUCAAGCUUUUCAGAAGGACUUAUUUUUUGGGCACCAUUGUGGGGUUCUUGGUACUUGUGACGGGCAUAGCGGUCCUGAUUGUGUAUGAGAUUCAGGUGAAUUCAAACGCAGACUCUAAGAAGACCAACCAGAUGCUAACUAUGUAUUACAGCUUCAACAUCGUUUGCCUGAGCCUGAUGUCCAUCAUCUGCAUCGCAGGCUCCAUUGUUUAUAGAUUUGACAAGAGGGACAUGGACCAUCACAAGAACCCAACCAGAACUUUGGAUGUAGCAUUAUUGAUGGGUGCAGCCUUGGGGCAAUAUGCCAUUUCCUAUUACUCUAUUGUGGCCACAGUGGCCAGUUCACCAAGGGACACUAUAAAUGCCCUCAACUUGAGCUAUUCCUUACUGAUGCUUGCUCAGCCCACUUUCCAAAACAUUUUCAUCAUUGAAGGCCUGCACCGGCAACCCCCAGAAGAGGAAGACAAAGUUGACCCUCAGCAGAAGGAUAUCUAUGGGCUCACUUUUGUCAAUAUGAAUGCAGUAUCGCUCCGUGUCCCUGAGAGUUUGAGUGCUCUGCCGCCCAGCGCACUGCCAGGGUUAGCCAUUCAGACUUCUGAAGCGAGGCGGUCCCUUAAGGCCUCCAAGCAAAUUAACUGGAGAAGAAGAUUCCUAAAGGAGAUCUCAGUGUUUCUGCUCUUGGGGAAUGCCAUUCUCUGGACCAUGCCAGCAUUUGGAGCCCGGCCACAGUUUGACAACAAAACGGAGCUCACGUUCUACGGUUAUCCCAUGUGGGCUGCCAUUGUGGACAUCUGCCUGCCAUUUGGCAUCUUCUACAGAAUGCAUGCAGUGGCUAGCCUACUGGAAGUCUACAUCAUGUCUUAAUCGGAACAAUGAAGAGUUUAUUAUAAGGACCCAUGUUAUCAUGCCCCUCCCAGGACUGGAUGAUGCACUUAAUGGGGGGGGGGGUGAAGGUUGAGUUUCACUUUUAUGUCAGACCCUGGCAGGGCCGUCUUAAGCCUAUCCAGCGCCGUGGUUCAAAGAUCCCUCUGGCGCCCCGCCCCCCCCCCCGGUUCCCAUAGUUGCUGCUGACCUUUUUACAGCGCUGCCGGCAGCUUUGCGGGGCUGGAGGAGGCAGGCAGCGGCUGAAGGCGGCUCCUCCGGCGGGGAAGAGAUGGAGGCUCCGGGCGCGGCGCUGUUUCGGCGCGGCGGAUGAGGGCAGUGAGCUGAUACCAGGAGGCACAGCAUCCGGCCUCUGCUUCUUCCCAGGCGCCCUCCAGAACUUGGCGCGAACUUGGCACCCUGGUGCCCUGUGCCACUUGCCUCUAUGUGCAAGACACCCCUGGACCCUGGUGAUUAGUGGGCUGGCAAUAGCCCACAUGUACCCUAGGGAUUUUGUUUGUUUCUUUGAUUUUCUGUAUGUGUUUUCCCGUUCUAUUUAAGUUCCCCCUUUCCUUCAUCCUACUAAGGGUUCCUCAUCUUUGAUUACUUUUCUCCCCACCACCACCACCACAAAAUGCUGACAUGGACUGUUUGUAGCCUGAGGCUAAUUCCUGGUCAGGUUUAAGGCCUGUUCAGUCAACCAGUCUAGGAGGGAAGGUCAGUUUGAAAGAAGAAUCAAGUGAAUGUUGAAGCCAGUUAAAACACUCCGCAGUAGUUUGGAUGACUUUGUAGGUUCCUGUUGUUCCCCCUCCACGGAGACUAAAUCCAGCGGCUAUGAACGGCCUUGGGGAGUAUGACCCUGUUGGAACUCACACGAUAAGUAUAAGGCUGAAGUCCCAGAGCUUUCAGUGAAACUUACUUGCUGUCCUGAAUCAGGGCCUGCAGUGUGCAAGAGUGUAAGGGUUCUGCUCUCAAAAGGGUAUUGAGAUAUGUUAGUUUUUAAAGGUAGCUUAAUAAUUUUUUUAACGAGUCUAUUUUUUAUAUGAAAAAAUAUUUAUUGAUUUUCAUUCUGACAGCACACACACACACACGAUUGAAUGGGGGCAUUGAGGCAAUCACCAUUGAGCUCAAUACACUGGCAGUGCCUAGAAGGUCAGAGCCUCUUCCUCAGCUCAGAUGAUGUAGGAAGUGGGGUGUUUGUUGUUAUCCUUGCUUGGCCUUCAAAGUCGACUGACAAUUAUUGGGUGAGGUGUCUGCAAAUGUGUCCUACGUACGGCAGGAUUUGAUGGCUUUUCAAAGUCUCCACCACCAGCAGCUUUUAGUCCAGCCUUCCAAACCUAGAGGCCUCUGGAUUUAUUUUAUUUUUUACUACAAUUCCCAUCACCCCUUGCCAUUGUAGGGCUGAUGGGAAUUGUAGUCCAAGACAUCUGGAGUGCAUCAGGGUUGUGGAAGGCUGUUCAAAUCCAAUGCAAAGCUUUGGAAAGCCUAACCUGCUCAAAAUGCUCUUCCAUAUUGGCUAGGGCUAUCAUAUAUGCUACAAAUCCUUCAUAGACACUACACAGUACAGGGAAUAUUCUCUCAAUGGAAAGUCUCGAGGCUCGUUCAGUUAGAAUAUCCCUGCUCUUUUUUCGGUUGUUAUUUAAGCGUUCCCGCCCCCAUGAAUUUUGAAUGACUGUCAACAUGUAAGCAGCCCAGAUAGAAACUUGUACGCUUGUGGUUAAAAUUUAGCCCGUCUAAAUCUAUGGCAUGGUUUAGUGACGUUCUUCCACUGGAAGCCACAGCUGCAACAUUAAGAUGGAGAGCAGAGGUGAUGGUUCUGUCAGCUGAUUCCAUUCCCAAAUGUUUGUAGAUCCAGAUUUACUAGGUACACACCUACAUGCACUGGCAGGAAUUUUUUUUAAAAAAAAAAACCAUGUAACUGUAUUCACAAUGGAAAGAAAUGUCUUUUGCUGCUUAAAACAUGGAGGGCGGGUGUUGGAAAAUCUAAAAUGAACAAAUAAAUGAAAAUCAUGUGUUUGAUUUGGGUGAGCUUAUUCUCUUCUUUUGAAAUGCCUUAAUGAUCAAUGCAGAGGAGUAUGGUUGGGUUGGAGUUUGAGCUGAUUUACUGUGUCAGAUACCAAAAGUCAUAUAGAAGUUUGGAGUCUACAUUUCCAUGGAUACAGCUGGAGGAAAGGAACAUUUUUGCGCAGUAGGAAAAAUAAUUUAGCUGGAAUCCUAAGAGUCAGCAUAAGUUAAUGGAAGGAAGGUUCCCACUUUAGGGACUUACAUGCCCUCCAAAACCUCUCUUAGGCUAUGUGGGGCUGUGUUCACAUUCCCGUUUAAUAGGCACUCACGUUGUUUCGAGUGCUGGGAUUUUAAUCCAUGUUCGCAUGAC